AUGUCCUCAUUCAGCGCGCUGAUGCCCACCGGGGCGAGGGCAUUACUGUCAAUAUGUCGGCCUUCCAUUCGACAGGGGUCAAUGGCGGCGCCCCUGUUUUUCGGGUAUCAACAGGCUCAGGCUCGGGGAGCCGCGACUGCGAGGAACAAGCAGGCAGCGGAGCGAAGGAAGAGAGAUAAGGCUGCUAAGUCUGCAAAGAGUAAAAAGGGCCCUCGUGAGUUCAAACAGAAGGACCUGAAAGAUGUGGAGCAGUUCGCACUCUGUGAUGCGAUGAGGUACCUUCGAGCAUUCGAAGUCGGGCGGGAGCCAGCGGUAUCCAAAUAUGAAGUUCACAUCCGACUGAAAACCCGGCGAGACGGCCCUGUCAUCCGCAACAUGAUCCGAUUCCCUCACUCCGUCCAAACCGAAUCACGAAUUUGCGUGAUCUGUCCGCCUGGCUCAAAACAUGCGAAGGACGCACUUGCAGCAGGAGCGGUGCUAGUGGGAGAGGAUGAAGUAUUUGAAGUCGUGAAGAGCGGAAGGAUUGAAUUCGAUCGUUGCCUUGCUCAUCCGGACAGUAUGCCCGCGUUAGCUAAGGCUGGGCUGGGAAGGAUUCUCGGUCCCCGGGGUCUGAUGCCUAGUGCGAAGACCGGUACCGUUGUCGAAGAUGUGGCUGCUCGUGUCGAAAUGCUUCGUGGAGGUACGGUGUACAGGGAGCGUGACGCUGUGGUCCGUCUCCCCAUCGGCCAGCUGGGAUUUUCUCCAGAGCAACUACGGGACAACCUUCGUGUUACCAUUGAUCAAGUGAAAAAGGAUGCUGCUAGCCUCAACGACCGAAUCACAAAAGAAAUCUACGAAGUUGUGCUGAGCUCAACCCACGGUCCUGGCUUCAGUCUGAAUGGAGAGUUCAAGACCGAGAACUCUGUGGAUCCUGCCUUGUUGACCGGUCCGUAA